CCCCGAGACGGGCGAGAAACGGGACCGGCCGGCGUAGCGGAAGCUCUCAGUGGGGGACGCGCGCCCGCCGCAUUCGCUUUCAGGCGCAGGUCAUUCAUUAGUGGCGUGUCGUUCCAUGUCGUCGUCACCGGUUACCUGGGGAGUUAGCUCAACACACCACACACCACCACGCCAACGCCCUGCAUUCUUAUCGUCGAGUAUUUGUUUGAGUACAUGGUACCGUUACUUAGGUACUACAUACCUAGUAGGUAGGUAGAUAAAACAGGCUCGUCCCCCCGACCGUUCCGGUGCUGUUCCUUCCCCAGCCCAUUCCCGUGCUCGAACCGUCCGGUAUUAUAGCAGCUCUGCACACACACGCCUGCGCGCCUCACGCGCGCAUCGCUUCACACAGCUCUGUGCGCCGUCGUCCGUUCCCCCAUCGGCACAGCACAGUCCAUGCCACGCCCUGCCGGCCAGUGGACAUUCCGUCUCUGGCGCACGAGAGCAACGGCUCAGUCUACAAGGCGGCCCUUGGCACUGACAGCAGCCGUGUCUGGCUCGGCCAUCGUCGCCGCUGCCACAGCAACAACAAUGACCAGCAAGGACGAGGCCGCUGUGACGCCCGCGGCGGCGGCGCCCCUCCUGGGGCCCGUCUCGACGGCGAGCUCCUCGCCCGGAUAUGUGACCAGCGUGGCCAAGAUUGCCGGCCGCGCCAGCAUCCCCGACGAAGCGUCGUCGAACCCGCAUCACGUCGUCGGCAGCGGCGGCAGGGUCUCGCACUUCAAGAAUCCCUAUCCGUCGUGGUCCAAUCCCGUGGGUUUCGUCUCCAUGGUUCGUAACAUUUUGUGGCCGCUUAUCACGGGAGAUCUCAAGCAGCCCGACACGACUCCCCCCACCGUCCCCGUCGUUACCCCCCAGUGGCUUCCCGAACGCUUUCCCGAGUCUUACGCUUCUUCUUCCUCCUCUUCUCCCGGCAAGUUGCGGGCGACCUGGCUCGGCCACGCGUGCUACUACGUCGAGUUCCCAUCGGGCCUGCGCGUGCUCUUCGACCCUGUCUUCGAGGACCGGUGCUCGCCCUUCACCUUCCUCGGCCCGAAGCGAUACACGCCGCGGCCGUGCGCCAUCGCCGACAUACCCACCAUUGACGCUGUCGUCAUCAGCCACAGCCACUAUGACCACCUGUCACACACGUCGGUGCUCGAGAUCCAGAAGAGCCACCCGGACGUGCAGUUCUUCGUCGGGCUCGGGCUCGAGAAGUGGUUCCGCAAGAGCGGCCUCAAGAAUGUCACGGAGCUCGACUGGUGGGAGGACGCGGAGCUGACGGUCCAGGUGACGGACAAGGGCGGCAGCAGCAACGGCGACAGUAACGGUGACGCGGGCCGCCCAGCCAAGGGCAGCGGCAGCGGCAGCACGAGGAGUAUCUCGGCACGCGUUUCCUGCCUGCCCUGCCAGCACACAUCGGCGCGGUCGCUGCUCGACAAGGACACGACGCUCUGGUGCUCGUGGGGAGUCAAGUCAGGCGGGCGGUCGGUGUGGUUCGGCGGCGACACGGGCUACCGGGCGGUGCCGCGUCUGCCGCACGGCGUCGACGACUACGGGCCCGAGUACGAGGCGCUGCCGCGGUGCCCGCAGUUCAAGCAGAUUGGCGAGCUGCGCGGGCCGUUUGACCUGGGGCUCAUCCCCAUCGGCGCCUACUACCCGCGCGCCGCCUUCUCCGCCAUGCACGCCAACCCCUUUGACUCGGUCGAGAUCUUCCGCGACACGCGCUGCGAGCGUGCCAUGGGCAUCCACUGGGGCACCUGGGCGCUGACCAUGGAGGAGGUGCUGGAGCCGCCGCGGGUUCUGCGCGAGGCGCUCAAGCGCAGGGGUUUGCCCGAGACGGGCGUGUUUGACGUGUGCGACAUUGGCGAGAGCAGAGAAUUCUGAAACCCCUCCUCUAUAAAGUGUUUCUAUACGCGCUCGUCGCGGGGGGCGUGCGGCGUGCGUUUGUCUCGUUUAUUGUGCUUCGGAUUUUGAUACCAUCUAAAUGGGUGAGUGGGUGGUGGUUUCAAUGGGGUUGCGGGCGCCGAAUGGGUUUACCAAAAAUAUUACACUCGAGACGUGGAAGGGAACAAGACACAUCCCAGCUUCAAAACGACAUGUUUCAUUCAGUCUUGGUGUGGGAUGGGAAUACUACGUUACUAUACACACAUAUGCAUGCAACAACAACACAUGGGCGUCAAACCAUGCGGGCAGCUUGCUGGCCGACACGACGUCUUCCGUUGGACACGAGGCACACAAACAACCCCAAACAUGGGGAUAGAGAGUGAGACAGAAAGAUACUUGUAUUGAUACUCCCAC